CUGAAGCCAGUGACUGUGACGAUGGACCCAUUUACAUUAUUUAGUUCCAAGUUCCUGACCUUGUCUUCUGCCUAACUCUCAAACGUAUAUAGACUCGAUUGUGUCUUCCAUUCAUUUCCAGAAGAUAACAACUAGAACUCCAAAACAAGUUGAACUGACCCAGAUUGCAAGAAUGACAACCCAAGCUCCCACUCUUCCUCUUCUUACUCCUUACAAGUUGGGAAAGUUCGAUCUCUCUCACAGAGUUGUUUUAGCACCAUUGACUAGACAGCGAUCAUACGGAAACGUUCCCCAGCCACAUGCCAUCUUAUAUUACUCUCAGAGAACAUCAAAAGGGGGUCUUCUCAUAACUGAAGCCACUGGAGUUUCAGACACAGCACAAGGGUAUCCUGAUACUCCUGGUAUAUGGACAAAGGAGCAAGUUAAAGCAUGGAAACCCAUAGUCGAUGCUGUACAUGCUAAAGGGGGUAUCUUCUUCUGUCAGAUUUGGCAUGUGGGGAGAGUUUCAAAUAGUGGUUUUCAGCCGAAUGGGCAAGCUCCAAUCUCUUCUACUAACAAGCCCCUAACCCCCCAGAUACGUUCUAAUGGCAUCGAUGUUGCGCAAUUCACACCUCCAAGACAAUUAAGGACAGAUGAAAUUCCUGAGAUUGUCAAUGAUUUUAGACUUGCUGCAAGGAAUGCAAUGGAAGCUGGCUUUGAUGGGGUUGAAAUUCAUGGCGCCCAUGGCUAUCUAAUUGAUCAGUUUUUGAAAGAUCAAGUAAAUAAUCGAACAGAUCAAUAUGGUGGAUCUCUAGAAAACCGUUGCCGAUUUGCACUAGACAUUGUUGAAGCUGUUGUAGACGAGAUAGGGGCAGAGAAAGUUGGAAUCAGAUUAUCUCCAUUUGCUGACUAUAUGGAAUCCGAAGAUUCUAAUCCGAAGGAAUUGGGCCUUUAUGUAGUCAAUUCCCUGAACAAAUAUGGAAUCCUCUACUGUCACAUGGUUGAGCCAAGGAUGAAGACACUGGGAGAAAAAAAUGAAUGUCCCGACAGUCUUGUACCAAUGAGAAAGGCUUUUAAUGGUUCCUUCAUUGCUGCUGGUGGUUAUGACAAGGAAGAUGGGAACAAAGCUGUGGCUGAGGGCCGUGCAGAUCUUGUAGCUUUUGGUCGUUGGUUCUUGGCAAAUCCAGAUUUACCAAAGAGAUUUGAGCUUAAUGCUCCUCUAAACAAGUACAUCCGAGAAACAUUCUACUUAUCUGAUCCGGUUCUUGGUUACACUGAUUAUCCAUUUCUUGACAGCACUGCUUGAGUGUCCGGCCUGAGUAUGGAAGCUUAAAUUCUCUUAUAUUCUGUUCCUGCACUUGUCUGCAGCUUUAAAGAUUUCUUGUUAUCAAGUUGCAGAGGCGGUACAGUUAACCACACUGUUGAGUUCUUAAUUUGUUUGGUGCAGUUAUUUCUUAAUUGAAUAAUUUUCCAUUGCAAGUAUUGCAACUGUGGGAUCAAGUGUCUUAUUGUAGAUUGUGGCUGCGUGAAGAUGCGAACAGAAUGCAGCUCCGUACAAGAUGUAUUCAAUAAAAUUGGCAUGUGUAAACUGUAAUACUGAAUCACCGACUUUGUGUGUCUUAAUUAUUAGAGAUACCUUGAGGAUA